AUGCCGUCGAGCACCAGAUUCACAAAUCGCCGGGGGCUGUUCAUUCUCGCCGCCGCCGCCGCCACCCCCAUCAAAGAAAGGAAUAGACCGGAAGAAAGCCCAUCACGACUCGCCUUCCUCCCUCCGCCCGUUCGCCGCAGCCACCGAACCACCACCGCCUCUCUCUCUCUCUCUCUCUCUCUCCUCUCUCUCCGGCGAAUAUUCCCUCCCCCCUCGCCUUCCUCUCCACGCCAAAGCCGGCAACCGCGCCGCCUCCGCCGCGCCCAACAGCUCAGACGCUACCGGAGUCCGGCGACUCGACGCGACGCGGCGCGACGCUCCUCCGCCCCGGCGAUGCUGCGGCGCGGGCUCCUCGUCGUCAAUCGCCUCCGCAAUGUCCACCUCCAGCGUCUCCCCCGGCAUCGCACGCACUGCUCGAGCGGUCCCGCCUCGGCGCCGUCGACCUCGACGACGUCCUCGUCGGCGCCGCUCCCCGUGGCCGCGCCUCCCCCGCCCCACCACCUCGCGCCCCGCGGCGGCGGCGGCGGCGGGGGGCCCCGACGCCGCCUGACCCCGCUCCUCGCCCUAUCCACGCUCUCCCUCGUCACGGCCGCGGGGACGAUCUACCACAUCUCCGCGUGGGACCUGGAGGGGACGGUGGAGAGGUCCAGGGCGUCCGCGGCACGCGUGGUGGAGCGGAUGCAGCACACCUGCGCGGCGGGGAAGGUGCUGUGCAGGUCGCUCAUGUCCGUGCUGUCGUCCGCCAACCACGAGGUGAGGUCCGGGUUCGAGCUCCGCGUCGCCGCGCUGCUCGCCGACAUCGCGGCCGCCAGCGCCGCGCGCCGCGCGGCCAUCGUGUCGGCGGGGGGCGGCGCCGUCGUCGACUGGCUGCUCGAGAGCGUCGUGCGGCGGGCCACGCAGGCGGAGGCCGCGCGGGCGCUCGCGCACCUGCUGGCCGAUCCCUGGGUUGCGCCUGCUGUGCUCGGUCGACCACGAGCGGUUCCCUGCCUCCUCCAAUUCAUCUUCUCUUACCAGCCAAAACGCGGCAAGAAGAACUCGGAAUACUCUUCAUUCAAUGUCUCAGACCAUUCUAAAGGAAGGAGCAUGCUUGUUGCUGCACUUAUGGACAUCAUCACUUCCAACUGCGAUAAUGCGGAUUAUUCAUCAUUUCAGCCUUUAUUGCCUUCAGAUGCUGAUACAAGAGAUAUUGCGGCAGCCAUCGAAGUCAUUGAGCAAGGGGGGAUGCAUUUUGAUGACCAUGAUGAUAAUAACAGUGAUGAUGGUGACAGUGGAUUAAAAGGAAUAGGGAUUAAGGUACUUGGUGGGACUACUGUCUUGGGAUUCUCUAGAGAAAUAAACUCAUUGGAGGUGGGCAACUCGGAUGAUGGUAUUGUUGGAGCUUCGAAUAGUAGAAUAUUGAUGCAAGAAACUGCUACUGAUUCUCCACUAGUGGAGAAGCUAAGUUCUGCUGCUGCUCCAGGCCUCUGGGAUGAUUUGCAGAGGGAGCAUGUAGCUGUACCUUUUGCUACUUGGGCUCUUGCUAAUUGGGCUAUUGCAUCUGAUUUAAACCGUUCUCGUAUUCAAGAACUUGACAGUGAUGGACAUACUGUCACAACUGCACUGAAAGCACCUGAAAGAACUGUCAAGUGGCAUGGAGCCAUGGUGGCGCGAGCUCUUUUGGAAGACCAGAGCUUGACUUUGGCUCCUUCUGUCCCUGACUGGUGCUCAAGUCUUCUUUUGACAGCUUCUCGGGCUGCUGAGAAUGGUGACAUGGCAUUGGCUCAAAUGUCACUAUCAACUUUCCUAUUAUCCAUGAUAAGGUGUAAUGAGUCAAAAUUUGUGAUCAGACAGAAGGGUCUUCAUCUUCUUCGUAGUAUCGCAAAAAAGAUAGAAAAUGAGAAUGCUCAGAGCAGGAUGAAGGAAUCAUUAGCAGUGGCACUGAGUUUGCUCUAUGCUGGUGAAGUUCCGUUGUCACUUGAAGAAACUCAAAGAUGGUCCGGCAUUCUUCUUCGUUGGCUCUUUGAUAAAUCUGUUUCAGAAACUACAAAUCUCACAGCUAUUAAAAUCCUUUCAUGCAUUCUUGAAGACUAUGGACCAGCUUCCGUACCAAUUUCUCAGGGAUGGUUGGCUCUCGUGCUUUCUGAGAUUCUUGGAGAUAACAAGACACAGAAUUUGAAAGGAACCACCCAGCCUCAACCAGAGAGAGUGAAGAAUCAAGUUGAUCACCAUAAUGCUUCCUCUGCGACUCAGAUCUUGAAUCAAUUAGCUACUGCUGUUGUGAAAUUGGCAAUAGUUCAAUCACACUAUGAUCCUGCUUCUGGUGACAAAGUACCCCUUUUCGAUUUUCUCUCUCUUGAACCAUUUGCUACAGCUCUGAAGAACUUGAAUAAAAAGAACCCACCUAAGUUUGAUGCUGCUGACUCAGCAUCCGCUACGCUGAAGGGAAUAAAAGCACUGGCAGAGCUUUGUUCUGAGGAUGGUGCAUGCCAAAAGAGAAUUGCUGAUUUAGGAGUUCUUUCCCUGUUGAGGCGCAUCCUCCUUGGUGAUGAUUAUGAGAAACUCGCUGCGAUCGAAGCAUAUGAUGCAUCACGAAUUCGAGAAGUGCAAGACAAGAAUGUGUCUACCUCUAAUGACUCCUCUAAUGACACUACUUCUGAUCCCUCCAGUGUACGGGUUCCUCCAGCAGCUCAUAUUCGAAGGCAUGCUGGCCGGCUGGUUACCAUUCUCUCUCUUCUACCCAAUUCAAAGAAGGAAAUUAUUUCUGAUGAUGUAUGGUGCAAGUGGCUUGAGGAAUGCGCAAGUGGACGAGUUCCUUGCAAUGAUUUAAAAUUAAAAAGUUACUGCAGGUUAACUUUGUUAAAUGUAUUCUGUUCUGAGGAUCCAAAUACAGGAAGCACUUCUGAUGAAUACCCUGAUUCAAAAAGUGAGUAUAAAAGAAAAUGUCCUCAGUUUGGAGAUGCUUUGUUCUUGUUAAAUCCAGAGUUGCCUCUUGAGGUUCAUUUGGACAACAAUGGUCAUGAAAUUUCAAGAAAGAAAUUUAAGGAUGACUGUUGCACUGAAGAAGGUGGUGACUCUGAAACUGGAGAUGCUCCAAGCAACAGAGCCAAAUAUACACCCCCUUUAAUGGAUGUCGUGUUCGUCCAUGGUCUUCGUGGUGGGCCAUUCAACUCAUGGCGGAUAGCUGAUGACAAGUCAUCAACCACCAAAGCAGGUCUGGUGGAAAGUAUAGAUGAAGAUGCUGGCAAAGAGGGAACAUGUUGGCCAAGAGAAUGGCUUUCAGCAGAUUUUCCUCAAGCUCGUUUUUUGACAGUCAAGUACAAGACCAAUCUGACACAAUGGACCGGAGCCAGCUUGCCACUUCAGGAGGUGAGCUCUAUGCUGUUAAGGAAGUUAAUUGCUGCUGGCAUUGGCAGUCGUCCUGUUGUUUUUGUAACUCAUAGCAUGGGAGGACUGGUGGUUAAGCAGAUGCUGUAUCAAGCGAAGCUGAACAAUUAUGACAAGUUCCUGAACAAUACGAAUGGGCUAGUUUUCUAUAGCUGUCCACAUUUUGGUAGUAGGCUCGCAGACAUGCCAUGGCGUAUGGGUUUGGUGUUUCGUCCAGCUCCAUCGAUUGGCGAGUUAAGAAGCGGAUCCCCAAGACUUGUUGAGUUAAAUGAUUUUGUGCGGCAACGCCAUAGUAAAGGAUUGCUCAAUGUUCUUAGUUUUAGUGAGACUCAAGUCACACCGAUCGUUGAAGGUUACGGUGGUUGGGCACUUCGGAUGGAGAUAGUACCGAUUGAAUCUGCAUACCCAGGAUACGGGGAACUUGUUGUCCUGGCGUCCACUGAUCAUAUAAAUUCGUGUAAGCCGGUCAAUAAGAACGACCCGUCGUACGCAGACACCUUGGCAUUUUUGGAGAAAAUAUUGAAAUCGCGUCUCAAAGAAUCAGAAUCCUAGUUUUUUUUUUCCUUUUAACUUCUCAAAUAUGGGCGGCCUAUGGUAUACAACACUUCGGGUGGAAACGCUGGAUAGGAUUUCCUUCGGCAUUAUGGGGGAGAUUCUGUUUCUUCUGCAUCAGAGAUUCUCGUCUGUUUAGUUGAUCUGAUCUGACAAUUUGGGCGGGCUGUGUUUUAUGAAGCCUUAGCCCAAUCAUACAGUACACGAACGAAUUACAUCUACAAAUAGAGGAUAGCUGUAAAUAGUUGCCCCUCUUGUAAGAAGAAAAAAGGAAAUAUAUGUAUGCUCUCUGAAUGACAUGUAUUAUUUUUCUCUCGAAAUUCAUAAGCAUGUAACCACACACCCCGUUGAUUAUGAAAUUUUGUGUCAAUGCUC